UUUGAACAGGUCCUUCAUGUGUCAUACUUUUCUUGUUUAAAAACUGGGAAAAUGGAGUCCUGGAAGGUGUCCAAGAACCCAUUUAUAGAUGAGGAUGAUGAUGAUGAAGGUGUAAAGGAUGAUGAAUUCCUUCAUCAUGCCAAGUCUGGGAGUUCUGGGUAUAUGUUUCCAGAGUAUAUGACAGAUGAACAGAAAAAAGCAGCUAUUUAUAAGGAAGAGCUCCUAAAACAGAAGAGAUCAAUUGAGGAACGGACCUUGCAGUCUUCUGCUCGAUCUGUGGGACUCAUUUAUGACAGUGAACGUAUUGGCACGGAGACAGCUCAGGAACUGUUAGCACAGCGUGAGAAACUCGAGAAGAGUGAGCAUCGAUUGGAUGACAUCAACAACUCCUUACGAACUUCUGAACGUCACAUUCAGUCCAUCAAGAGCAUAUUUGGUAGCAUCAAGAACUACUUCACUACACCACCAGCAGGACCAUCUACUGGGGGCAGUAAAAACCCUCCUAGUUCUGGAUCAUCACAAAAUGAGGGUUCCCAAAAGAAUGCCACAGCUUCUAAAGGCUUGACAUCCAUUUUGGAAUCUCCAUCAUCAUCAUCAGCUGCUGCAGAUUAUCAUCCAGGUUUGAGGAGUCGUGGAUAUGGAGAAGACCAGAAUGUGAAUUCAUUUGAUGCUCAACUGGAUGAUCAUCUUGGGGAGAUGUCUGCUGGUUUAUCUAGAUUGAAGGGACUUGCAAAGGGGCUUGGAGAUGAAAUUGAGGAUCAAAAUAGCAUGCUCGACCGCAUGGCAACUCGUACUGAGGGUCUGGAUUGGAAGGUGAAAAAGCAGAAUAAGGAAAUGAACAAGAUCUUGAAACGAUGAAGGCUCCUGUGAUACCCUGCUCCUUGAAAGUCCAACAAGUUUUAUCAUUCACUAUUCCAGUAUGGGUCAUAUGUCAUGGAAAUCCAAUACAGAUCUUUUUUUCACAUAAAUUGGUAUCUGACAUGCAAUA